UAUAUAUUCUUUUGGUGAUGUAGAAAAUUGAGGUCGAUCAACAGCCAAAAGCUGUGGUAUUUUAAAACGGGAAGGAUCGUUCAUUCUCUUCUCAAUCUCGAAACUCAGUGCGGAUGGGGAGAUCGCCGAGCUUCUGUUUCAGUAUCAAGGGGUGCGCCGGCAAGGGCGAGGAUGACGAUUUCUCGGCGCCGCGGCAGGUUAAAGAAUCACCAGAGAAGCGACGGUGGAGUUUCCGAAAGAAACAUGUUGGGCAUCAUGUGUCAAGCAACAAUAUAAUGUCAGAACCUUCGCCCCUUUUUAGCGAAAAUCAGAAUCAAGAAGCAACUGCUGGUACAUUUUAUUCGGAGAAAACUCUAUCAGACCCACAGAAAGUGACCACUGCAGAACAAACAAGUCCAACACUGCAAUUCCUAUCAUCUGAGGUUUCAUCUGGAGUACAUGAGGAAUUUUCCAGUACAUCAACUGUCUUAGUUAAUAAUAAUGUUCCAGAACAUGUCAUUGUUAUCCAGACUUCUAUUCGGAGAUGCUUGGCUCAAAACGAGCUCCAGAAGCUUAAGAAUGUUGUAAAGCUUCAGGCUGCUGCACGUGGCUUUCUAGUUAGAAGACAGGCUGCAGGAACUUUGCGUUGCAUUCAGGCCAUUGUCAAAAUGCAAGCACUUGUACGGGCUCGACAUUCUGUUCAAUCUGCAAAGUUAAUUGAGAAAAGUAACAUUGAUGAGUUUAUACAAGCUGAUGUGCUUCAGGUGAAGCAGUCUAAUAAAGAACUAACUAAAACACCAUCUGCAAUCAGGAAGUUAGUCUCUAGUGCUUUUGCUCGUCAGCUUUUGGAGUCCACACCGAAGGCCAAGUCCAUCCGAAUCAGCUGUGAUCCUUUGAGGCCAGAUUCAGGUUGGAAUUGGUUGGAGAGAUGGAUGGCCCUAACAUCAAUGGAUCAACAAAAGCUCAUUCUUAACCCGGAGGAUCUGAAGAACAAUAUGGCAUUCGACCCGGCGGAUUAUGAAGUUGAUGAUGGGGUGCAUGUUAUUCCACAUCAUGCAUCAUCAGAUUCACUGGCAGCUGGUAAUUCUCUAGAAGUGCCAGUGGUUGAAGAUGAUCUUAUAACUAAGAGUUCUAGGAGUCCAGAGCUUUCGGCUCCUGCAUGUGUUUCAGAUCAACUCCCUCCUGUUCAAGAUAGUGAACUGCAGUCUCCUGUUCAUGAGACUGUUGCAACGGAGAAUCACCACGACCAGUCUAAAAGAGAAGCUAAAGAAAUCUCUAUGGAGAACAUAGAUGCCAGUUUACAUUUUGAACACGAUGGUAAUCUAAGCAAAACUGAUAAUACUGAAGAUAACCUUAAGAAAAGUGCCAGAAAUGAACUCAUUAGUGCUGAAAAAUAUGAAGGAGACAAGGGUUUGAAUGGACCUAGGAAGUCCAAGAAUCCAGCUUUUGCUGCAGUGCAAGCGAAAUUUGAGGAACUGAGUUCUGCUUCUGAUUCUAAUAUAUAUUUUAAUUAUGUGUCGAGUAUGGUUGUUAGUGUAUCAAAAUCACCCUAUUCCCAGGUGGAUUUCAUAUCGAAGGAAGAUAGUGAGAGAAAAUCAAUUUACUCUAUCAACGGUGAGGAAGUUAAUCUACAUGAGAAACUAUCCAGCCAUAGUCCAAAAAGCCAAGGUGCUGCUUCAGGGUACGCAACUGGGAUUUCUGUUGACAGACCAAAAGAUUCUGUUACUGAAAAUUUUCCAGAACAAACAAUUUUUGAUGAAAUAAACCAUGGUGCACUAAGUGAUACCAAUGGUUUGCAGAAAUUUGAUGAAAUUAAAGCUGAAACAAAGAACGAUUCACCCAAAUUGGUUACAGUUCAACCACAAGAAAAGGAGAGUAGCAAAAAUGCAGCAGUUCAUGUGGAUGAAAAUGCAGAAGAUAUAUAUGCUGAUAAGCCAUCGCCAUAUGAGACUCCCAGAAGCCAUACAGUUGUUGAAGCUUCUGCUGCAACGCUUUCCAGUCCAAAAUCUCUCAUUGUACGAACUGCUAAAUCAGAGGAUAAUUCCCCAGCAAGAAAGAUAAAGUCCCAAUUAGCAGUAAAGAAUUCACCAACUCGUUCAGUAAAGAGUUCACCAACUCAUUCGUGGAAUGAUUCAGAUGCCCGAAGGGGUACAAAAGAUUUGAAGAGACCAAACUCAUCUGGGAGUGAUAGAACUUUUCAUGUUGAUCACGAAGGCAGAAACAGUAGCAAAUCUCUUCCAAGUUAUAUGCAACUUACUGAGUCUGCAAAGGCUAAGAUCAACACUAAUUUUUCCCAUAAAUCAAGUGUUGGUCUCCAUCACAAAGAUAAUCUCAUAAAGAAGAGACACUCCUUGCCAAUUGGGAAUGAAAAGCAGAGUUUUUCUCCUCGAAUGCAGAGUCCAAAAUCUCAAACAUCACAAGAUUUGAAGGGAAGCGGUGUUUCUUUUGAUAAUUCUAGUGAGAGGAGAUGGCAAAUAUGAGUUGGACUGGUUAAAAGUAGUGCUAUUUCACUGCAAUUACAGAAUUCAGAUUGUGGACGGUGAGUUGAAUAGUGGUUAUUUUUAUUUUAUUUUUAUACUUUUAUAAAAUAUUCAUUAUGUGAUGUCCCCUGCAAUUAAGAGAUGUGAAGUUAUAGCUGUAAUUAUACAUGUAUAUUGACAAUACAUCAGAAAACUUGCCUUGAGAGUGGAGAUU